AUGUUUACUGACCAACACAACACAUCCUCUCCCCAUAGCCACAUAUCCACUUUGGGCCUAGAAAACUUGGAACCAACAGAUGCAAAAGACGCUGUUUUGGGCCAAAGGAACGCUCGCAAGGCGGCUGGGUUGGUGAUACACAUGUUGCGCACCAACAAGAUGUCUGGACGUGCGGUCCUUCUUCUGGGACCGAGCACUUGUGGCAAGACGGCUCUGGCAAUGGCGAUGUCCAAGGAAAUACUGUCCAAUUUUGUACACCUCAGCGGAUGUGAACUAAGUGUUGAGAGCUUGAUGAUGCAUGUGCGACGUGCCAUUCGUAUCAAGCUCAGAGAGCUGAAGAAGAUCUACGAGGGUGAGAUAACGAGCAUACGCCUAAAAAACUUUCAAUUUGAGAUUGAUUUAAAAUCGUGUAAAGGAAGCACAACAGUGAAGAUAGGCAAGUCCAUGUAUGAGAGCGUGAGAGAUGAGGAGCUUAGUAUCGGUGACGUGGUGUAUAUCGAGCCGAUGUGUGGCAUUGUGAAGAAGAUUGGACGAUCUGAGAAUGCGUUUGAGUAUGAUAUUGAGUGUGGAAGGAAAGUUCCACUGUCUAAGAAAGACGUGCUGAGGAGGAAAAUCGUUACGCAAGUGCUGUCGUUACAUGACAUUGAUGUGGCGGAGGAGACGAGUGACCAGUUGAAGAACACCGUGCGACAUAUGCUCGGAAAAAACGGCGUAAAGCUGAGCACGAUGCAGGAUACGAAUGAGAUUGUGAACGCAUAUGUUGAGAAUGGUAUGGGUGAGGUACAGCCAGGCAUACUUUUUAUAGAUGAGUGCCAUCUAUUGAGCAAGCAGGUGCUGUUCCAGAUCAUCAAGGUGAUCGAGGAUGAUUUGUCUCCGCUGGUCCUGCUUGCAACAAAUAAUAAGCAAUUCCUGGAACGGGAAGACGCACAGGAUCUUUUCAACCGGCUGUUUGUAAUUAAAAUGGAGAAGGACCUGUCGAUAAUCCCUGAUAUUUUGAAGAUGAGGGCCGAUAAGUGCAAAUUAUCGCUACAUGAGAGCGCGUUCUGCAAAUUGGCAGCGAUAGGACGGGAGAGGGGCCUUAGAAGGGCACUUAAUCUUUUGUCUUUGAUGAAAGAGACUGAUAAGGAAGUAACAGAGAACGAUGUUCGUGUUUUGGAUGAGUUGUUUGAUUAAUACGCCUUAUAUUUGGUAUUAAAUUAAAAAUUUCGUUCCUAC